AUGGCGGAAAUCAACAGCACCAAUGACAAGCAGCUGUUCACCUAUGAACAGGUCUACAAAGUGGACUUUGAUGCUGCCACCGGGUCUAAGAUUGCAGUGGUGGUCCUGAUGUCUCUGUUCUUUGUCUAUAUAAAUGGCAUCAUGCUUUUUGCUCUAAGGAGCAAGCCUAUAUUCCAUGAGACGCCCCGGUACAUUCUGUUUGCCCACAUGUUAUUCAAUGACUCUGUGCUGCUGCUGGUCACGACUGUAAUGUAUGCUAUGUCUCUUGCUCUUCUUCAUGUGGCUAAAGGAAUCUGCUGGCUGUUAGUCCUGAUUUCUUCCUGCACUUUCCAGAAUGCUCCUCUGACACUGGCUGUGAUGUCCCUGGAGCGCUAUGUGGCUAUCUGUUACCCUCUGAGGCACUCCACCAUUGCCACCCAGAGAAGCACUGCCAUUGCUAUAGGAAUUAUUUGGUUCCUCAGCUUCCUGAACUUUUUGAUAGACAUCAUAUUUGAAUUCAUUACUGAUCCCAACCAACUAGUUAAGAUCACAUUUUGCACAAGAGAGAAACUUUUCAUGGCCAAGUGGCAGGCUGACAAGGCUCAAGGAUUUGAGAUUCUUUAUUUUCUGUCAGUGACUGUGAUCAUCAUCUUCACCUACAUCAGCAUUAUGGUCGCAGCCAGGUCUGUGUCCUCCCAUAAAGACUCUGCUAAGAAAGCCCACAAGACUGUGCUGCUGCACCUCAUUCAGCUGGGCCUGUGCCUCACCUCUUUUCUAUAUGGCACCAUAGAGAGAACUCUUUAUAUGAUAACUGGUAGCAGCAGCUCUCUGUUUAUACAUCUGCGAUAUCUGAACUUUCUUAUUGUCCUGAUCCUGCCCCGCUGCCUGAGCCCUCUCAUCUAUGGACUAAGAGACGAUGCCGUAUGGCAUUUAUUCAAAUAUUAUUUCUGCUAUGCAACUAGCAAAGUAAAACCUGCAGUCAAUGUGCUUUGA